AUGAAGGCGUCGCUCAUCUCAGCUGUUGCCCUGGUUCCUGCGGCUCUGGGCGCGACUGUUCCCCGAUCUGCGAAGGUCGACUAUACUGGCUUCAAGGGUCUUCGCAUCACUCUCCCCGAGGGCUCCGAGAACUUGGCCGACCAGAUUAACGAGUUAGCUGCGACGAUCUUGAACCCCGGCGCCAAGGAACAGCUCGAUGUCGUCGUAUCUCCCGACAAUGUCGACGCCAUCAGCCAGCUGGCUGUAAACACCACGAUCCUCCUCGAGGACGUCGGUGCUGCUUUUGCGGAUGAAGAUAUGGCAACGGUUUAUGCUGUCCCCAGCGAAACCUGGUUCACUUCUUAUCACAGCUAUGCCGACCACUUGACUUUCUUGAGAGACCUCCAGAGCAGCUUUCCCGGCCAAUCUGAAAUCACUACCGCGGGCUCAUCUUUCCAAGGCCGAGCGCUCACCGGCAUUCAUAUCUGGGGAAGCGGCGGCAAAGGGUCCAAGCCGGCUGUUGUUCUCCACGGCACCGUUCACGCUCGUGAGUGGAUUAGCACGAUGACUACAGAGUAUGUGGCUUGGCAACUUUUGACAAAGUACGCAACAGACUCUGCCAUCAAGGCCGUGGUUGAUAAGUUUGACUGGUACAUCACUCCUGUGGUGAACCCAGAUGGCUUUGUUUACACUCAGUCCACUGACCGUCUCUGGCGCAAAAAUCGCCAGACCAACACCGGCAGUUCCUGCAUCGGCCGCGACCCCAACCGUAACUGGCCGUAUAAGUGGGAGCUGACCGGAGGUGCUUCGACAAGCCCCUGCGCCGAGACUUACAAGGGGGCUGCCGCCGCCGAUACCCCAGAAAUCAAGGGUCUUAAGGCGCAGAUCGACUCUUUGUGUCACGAGUUAUGGCACGCAGCAAUGGGCAUACGGAGUGUGGUAAAAGUGGCUUAA